GUUCUUGUUUUGUUUUGAUUUUGUCGGGUGCUGGCUACUGUCUACUGAUUAGCAAUCUGUUUCUGUUGUGCCAGCCAACGACAAACCGUUUUCGCACGAUAGGGAAUCAGAGCGUGACACUUCAAUGCUUUAGUUCAUGCAAAAUGUGCUGUUAUACACAAUGCUUGACUUUAAUGUUAUCUGAUGUUUUGAUCACAUAUGAAGCCCUAUGAUUUCGCGCCGUUUGACAUUUUAUUGCGGUUUUGGAUAUAUAAUUUGCUGUCCAUGUAUUUUUGAUUUUUUCAGUUUUCCUAUUUAAUUUUCCAUUCCAAGAUGCAUAAAUCAUACUUAGAGUUUGGGUUCCAUGUAGAAGAUCUGUUGUUUAAAGGUUUAACAACUGAAUCAGUUGGUGGUAUGGUAGCACUAUGCAUAUCUGUUGCCAUAUUUACCUUUAUAUACGAAACAGUGAAAACAGUAAGGCAGAAACUUGUUUCAUCUCUAGGAAAAUCUAGUUUUGACAGUGGAUCUAAAAAUGAAAAUCAUUCGGAAAGAUCCAUGUUAGUAGAAAUGAAAGAAUCUCAUUGGCAGUGGAAAAGAUUGCGAAUUCACACCCUUCAUGCAUUUCUUUAUAUGAUACAAGUCACAAUGGGAUAUUUCCUAAUGCUCAUCAUAAUGAGCUACAAUGCAUGGCUGGCCAUCACAGUAUUUGCCGCAGCCGGCUUUAGUUACUACUUCUACAGUACUUUUGUGUUGUACAGGCCUUCAGUUGUACCCAUCGAAAUUCUUUCACCUGAAGAAUACGAAUAGACUGGCAAAUCUGUCAUAUAUUGCGUUAUAUUUUUGUUGUUCUAUUUAUGUAAUGUAAGAUAUAUAUAUAUAUAUUUGUUAUGUUGUGUGUGCUCAUUCAGUGCGUGUAAGAAUCGUCAGGGGGAAAAAAUGCUUCUUUGAACUUUGUAAAUAAAAUUUAUAGCAUUUUAUAGGUCACGUUGGAAGAAGACUAUGUUCAUAUGAAAUAAAAUUUUGAAAGACUAUUUUCAGUAUUAAA